CUGUCUUUACAGUGUAUUGCCAAACACAGACACAUUUCUUUCAUAGCUUCUCUGCAGAGUGACACAUUCGGAUUACUUCUUGUGCUGUGAGAGCUUCUCCCAAGGAACAUUUGUACCGCUUUUAAAUUAAAUGGUUUUUCAUGAUUAGCAGUUAACAAUGUCUGCAAUGAUGGAGUCUCUGUCAUUGCUUUCAUCUUUGCACGAUGAAGUCAAAUCAGAAAACUUUCUUGAACCCCACUAUAAAGAGUACUAUCGUGUCGCCAUUGAUGCAUUAAUAGAGGGAGGAGUGACUUCAUACCAGGAAUGUCUUGUCAAGGAAGGGGCUGCAGAAUUCCUUGCAGAAGAUGAACUAAACUAUAUAACCAAUCAUAUAAAGAAGCCAACAGAGAACAAUGACAAUUCACAUGGAGAUGUAACCGAUGAUACAUCAUCUUCUGGAACUUACUGGCCUAUUGAAUCUGAUGUAGAAGCACCAAAUCUUGAGUUGGGAUGGCCAUGUAUAGCACCUGGACUGAUAGGGGCUACAGAUAUACAUUUGUAUUUUCAUCCUCCAAGAGGACAUCCUUUCACCAUAAAAGAAAUUGUUAGAAGAAUGAUCAAAGAAGCAAGACAGGUAGUUGCAAUAGUUAUGGAUAUGUUUACCGAUGUUGAUAUCUUUAAAGAACUUGUGGAAGCUUCAACAAGAGGAGUCCCUGUUUAUCUUCUACUUGAUGAGGCCAACUUUUCUCAUUUUCUUAAAAUGACUGAGAAACAGGGAGUACAAGUUCAAAGACUCAGGAAUAUGAGGGUGCGCACUGUUCAAGGCCAAGAAUAUUUGUCAAAAUCAGGUGCUAAAUUCUGUGGACAAAUGGAACAAAAGUUUCUACUUGUUGAUUGUGAGAAGGUUCUUUAUGGUACUUACAGCUUUAUGUGGUCAUAUGAGAAGGUGCACUUGAGUAUGGUUCAAGUUAUUACUGGAAAACUUGUGGAAUCUUUUGAUGAAGAAUUCAGAACACUCUAUGCUCGUUCUUGCAUUCCCUCCGUAUUUGGCCCUGAAGAAUUAAUUAUUGGAACACAUAGAAAAACCCCAUGGGAAUAUAGUUCAUAUCAAAAUUCAAGAUCAUCUAUAUUGUCUGCCUCUAGUCAAAGAAGUCUUUUUGGAAGAAAAGAUCAAAUGCACACUUUGGACUCAUCCUACCUAACAAGAAGUAGAUUUACCAACAAUGAAGAUGAUAAAUAUGGCAUAAGGAAUGCAUCUUAUAGACCACAUCACCAGUUAGGAUUCAAUGUUCAAAAUAAAAUUCAUCACUUUCAGCAAUUUGAACGACAUGACAACUGGAAGAGACAUAGUUAUGCUGCAGGGGAAAAGCCAGAGUCAUCUACCUACAUGUUGCUUAACAGAGGCAUGAACAACAGAAUUAACAAUCCACAGACUAACUGGAACCGACAAGUAGAUGUUUCUAGCAUUGGGUCAUUAUCCAGAGGGGGUUAUUCAAGUAAUUAUAAUUAUAAUGGCUCCACACAAAGUUUUGCCAAUAGGUUAUCACAACGACAGGUGCCAAAUCUGCCAGAAAGGAAUUCAAAUGUACGAAGAUCAUUCCAUGGAACAGAUAAUCAUGUAAGAUCAAUACAGCAAAAGAUGCCAACAUUGGAGCACACCACAAAGUCAUUUCUUCGCAACUGGAGAAUUGAGUCUUACCUAAAUGACCAGGCAGAUAUUACCCCAGAUACACAAGAAAAUCUUAAAGACAGAUAUGAAGGAAAUGAGGGGAAUGGAAGUAUUGCAGAGAAUUCUCUGUACAACCAAUCACGAUUGCGCUCAUCAAUACUAUACAAGCCAACAUAUCCAGAACAAAGUGACGCUAACAGCUGCAAAUCCAGCUCUUCUCAUUCCAAUUCUACCAUAGUUGAUUCUCAGGGAAGUCUCACACCAAAGGCAUUUACACCACAAAGUAGAUUGUCAGAGUGUAAAGACAGCAAUGCAUUCAGUUAUGACACACAACACUUACAUCAACAAGAGAUACUGAAGAGGCAUAGUCUACAAGUUCCUGAAAGCCCAAGAGCUGGUUUGAAUUAUAACACUAAUCCAACACCAUCAAGUUACUUGUACACAACCUUAUGCACAAGCAGACAAUCUGACAGUGUUAGAAAACAGCAAAGUGAAAGCAUUCUAAAAAGACGUAGUUUGCCUAUCUUCGAGAAUAGGAAGGUAAAUGUUGGUCAAAAUAGCUCUGUAAUACCGCAUAAUUAUAUAUACAAUACAUUAGUUAGGCGACAAACUGAAAAUCCAGUGCAUCAAAAUAUUUCCAACAGUAGCAGCAGCCAGAGGUUAGAAAACAAUGUAAACAAUUCAGAAGAAAACACAAAUGAUAAACCAUGCAAUUCUGUUGUUACUGCUGCAUUAUCUACAGAAACUCUAAUUGAAAACCACCAUGAAGACUACGGCAAAGAUGGUACAAGCAAAAAAGAAAGCAAAAGUUCUCCCAGUUUUCUUAAAAAGGGAUCCAAAAAACUGAAAUCUUUACUUAGUCUUACACCUGAGAAAAAAGAGACCCUGUCUAAAAAUAAAACACCCGCUUUUUAUAGAAUGUGCAGCAGUUCUGAUACCUUAAUUUCAGAAGAGGACCCUCAGGAAAAUAAUAAAAAAUCGGACUCAAAAAAUGAUACUUUACCAAGACGAGAAAAGACAUUGUCUACUUCUCAAGUCAGUCUGAAUAAAAGCAAAGAAAACACUGGUAAUGAUGUAUCCCCAGUACCCGUUACCGAGGAAGCUGCUAAAUCCCAUUCUUCUCCUGCAUCAACUGUUGUUGAAAACAAAUUUCUUCAGAAUAUAGGAGAUGCAUCUGCUCCACGAUUUAAUACAGAACCAGUUCAGUUUCAAGAGGCAAAACAAUAUGUGCAUAAAUUUCAAUAUGGGAGAACACUCUCUCCUGCAAUCCAGCGCAGGGAUUUACAAUUAAGGCUUCAAAAAGAAGCGGCACAGAGGGAAAUGCCCCCAAUGCUACAAAGAGAAAUGCAUUUAAGGCACUCACAACACAGAGAGAUGCAUCAAAAAGAGGUCAUGCGCAGAGAUAUGUAUGGGCAGCCUGUGACAGACUAUCCAAAGCCUCAAGAGGAUCUUAGUCGUACUCACUUAAGUGAACGACGAAUUUAUAGUCGUUUUGAGCCAUUUUGUAAGACUGAGAACACAGCUCCACAUACUAUGCCCAACAGCAAUGCUCAUAUGUCAGACUUUAAUAACAAGCCUAUUGGAAACAAUUAUAAUAGACCAAAUCACAUGCCAAAUUACAAUUCUUCAGCUAAUUAUAACGUGGUUCUGCCAAGUGAAAAUAAAUUUGGAAGAUUCAUGCAAAAAUUUGGAAACUUUAUUAAAAAGCAAUGAAAGAUUGACUUUUUACAUC